AUGAUCCUGCUCAAGUACAAGACCGGCGUGCGAGUGGUAAUCAUGACGUGCAACAUGCGCCCGGACGACUGGGGGGGGCGGUGCCAGGCCGCGUGGUACCAGGGUUUCCCGUUCAAGCCUCCCCGGGCCAAGAGCAAGGGCAAGGAGAAGGCUCGAGGGAAAGCGGGGACGAGGAAGCGCGUCGGCGCUGAUGCUGCGCCCAUCCUCGACGAAGAGCCGGAGGAGGAGGAGGAGGAGGAGGAGGAGGAGGAAGGGGGCGAUGUCGGUAAGAAGAAGCGGCGCGGCGAGAGUGGUGCCGCCGCUGCUGAUGAUGCUGGUGGGGCCGGGAGCGGGGGCAAGAGGAAGCGCGUGGCUAGUGAUAGCGAGGAGGACUACCCGAAGGAAGGGGAAGGGGAAGGGGAAGGCGAUCACGACGACGUGGUUAUCACCUCCGAGUUUGAGGUGGGUGAGGAAAUCCUGAUCGACUACUUCGAGCACGUGGGGGGCCCGGCUGCCGUGUGGGGGAGGAGCCUCUUCGCUUACGACUUCUCUUCCGCCAACGCGACGCUCAUCCCGAGCGUGCCCGGGCGCCACAAGGGCAAGGACCUCUACAGGGUGGCCUUCCAGGCGGCCAGCGUCAUGAACCUUUCCCUUCGCCCGUACAAGUGGCUGGGCGAGAUCACGGAGUCCUUCAUGGCCGAAAAGACCGGCGGCAAGAACGGAAAGGACGGCAAGAAGGCCAUUCGCGACAUCGACGUGGGGCUCGCCGAGGAGGAGGAGGUGAGGAUGAAGACGAAGGAGCAAGACGAGAGGAACAAGGGGAAGAACAAGCCGAAGAAGCCACUCGGGUAGCGCAAGGACCCGUGGGGCGACAAAGGUAUCCUUGAGAAGCGGAAGGAGAGGGCCGACAGGCAAGAGGCCAUCCACCGCCGCAACGUGCUCGGCAUCCUUCCGCCGAAAAAGCCCAAGGCCCCCAAGCGCCUGGGCAAGAAGGCCUUGAAGAGGUAGAAGAGGGAGAAGCAGGAGGCGGCGGAAGCGGCGGCCUUGAUCAAGUGGGUCGGGAAGGAGAGGAAGAGGAACUGGUUCAUGAAGUUCCUUCGUAUCGUCUGGCCCACAGAGGAAGCCGUUCGGACGUCCAACUUGGGCUGGGAGUCGGGAGCGUGAGGGCUCUCUGAAGAUGAGCAAGGAUGGCCUGGCCUACUUUCUGCUGGUGUCUCACAGCCUGCACCGGAUCGCCUGGGGCUACCUGGAGCACAGGAACCCGCCCCGGAGGCCCAGGAAGCGGAGGGUGAGGAUGAAGCCGAUCUCCCCCCCCCCUAAAGCCAGACAACACGCU